AUGCAGAGCGAUGACGUUAUCUGGCAGGUGGUGAACUACCAGUUCUGCUCUUUCAAGAGCAAGAUCGCGAAGGAGCAGACGUUCUGCAGGAACGAGUACAACGUGACCGGGCUCUGCAACAAGAGCUCGUGCCCCCUGGCCAACUCUCGGUACGCCACCAUUCGAGAGCACGAUGGCGUGUGCUACCUGUACAUCAAGACCAUCGAGCGCGCACACACGCCCAAGAACCUUUGGGAGAAGAUCAAGCUGUCCCGCAACUACGGCAAGGCGUUGGAACGUGUUUCUCGAGAGCUGGAGUUCUUCCCGAAGCACUUGCAGCACAGGAGCAAGCAGCGCCUGACCAAGAUCCACCAGUACCUCAUCAGGAUGCGCAAGCUUAAGCUCAAGGCCAAGCCGAAGCUCGUCACCAUCAACCCCAAGGUGGAGAAACGCGAGAAGAUGAGAGAGAAGAAGGCGUUGGUGGCGGCUAAGCUAGAGCGUUCGAUCGAGGGGGAACUGCUGGAGCGGCUGAAGAAGGGUACCUACGGCGACAUUUACAACUUCCCGGAGGUCCAGUACGACAAGGCGCUGAUGGAGGCGGAGGACGAGUACGCGGAGCAAAACCCAGAGGCGAUGGAGGAAGAGGAAGAGGAAGAGGAGGGAGAGGUGGAGUAUGUGGAGGACCUCGAGGAGGACGAGAGUGAUAUCGAAGACACGGCGGAGUGGGGGGGCUCGUACUGGGGGGCACCAGGAUCGGCGGGCGGCCCGCAGGCGGCAAGAGGCGGGGAUAGCGACAGCGACGAAGACGAUGACGACGACGAAGACGAGGAGCAGCAGGAGGGUGGUGGUAGCGGGAAGGGCAAACGAAAGGCGAGGAGCGGCAAAGGAGAGAGGGGCGGUGAGGAUGGUGACGGGCCGAAGCGACGACGCGGGGCUACAGGCGGCGCAACCACGAAAAAGGCGAAACGGCAACCGAAGGCGAAACCGUCGCACCCGUACGUGGAAGUGGAGUACGAGGAGGAGACGGAAGCGGCUGCUUCGGAGAGCAUGUCUUACAACUGGUAGUUGCUUGCUCGCCGCUGUCUUGUGGUCGGUAUCGUAUGCGUAUCAUGGGUAGAUUUUGCUGCUAUUAAUACCGUAGGUUGGGAUUGUUGGUGUGCAAGUGCUGUAUUC